AGCCCAAAUUCAGACCGCCCCAUGACAACGGGCGAAGACACCUUAGAGAAGGUAAAGGUGAAGAGCUACCUGGACUCUUAGGACUAAGAGCGAGAGACUCAUGGAGAAUGUGCUUAGCCUCCUAUGAGCAACUAUCAGAACACCACCGGUCCGCGCUAGGGGAGUCGGAAUCCCCAACAGACAAAACGCACCAUACUAAGCUGUUGUUAAGCCGUUACUUAUGCGGACCGUUUCAAUCAAUUGUAAUUCUCAUUACUGGGAAGGUUGUCAAGUCAGCACCAUCUUCUGCUGUGCCUAUAUAUAGGCCAAAGAAGAAAGCGGUGAAAAUGGCUAGACAGAGGGAUCCAUUUUGGGAUUUUGUUGAGAAGCUGGAUGAUGGUCCUUUCAACUGUACAUUUUGUGGCUAUAAAUUUGCUGCUGCUACUUCCGUUUCGAGGAUCAAAUUGCAUUUGUCUCAAGUCAGAGGGCGUGGUGUUGCAAUUUGUGACAAAGUGCCUGAAGACGUUCAAGAAGCAGCUUUUCAAGCUGUGCAUGGUGGCAACAAAAGACAUAAAACCAUAGCAAGUUCAAGCAAUUUUAAUGAAAAUUCCAUUUUAACCACUCCACAAGAACAAAACAAUGAAGUCGACAAUUUGGCAGGAGAUGCAGGAAGGAUACAAGCACCAGGUACAAUGGGUCAAGCACUUGAAAGAUUUUUGGAAGAGAUCAAUAAUGUAAUGGAGGAUGAUAUAGAGAAUGGGACUGGAGGAGUUGUGCAGCCUGGUGCAGGAUCUAGCUCUUCUGGAGGGCUUACAGGCAACACAAAUGAGACUCCAGGAGAUCCAUUACCUACUAUCUUACAUGUUGAAGUCGACAAUGUGGCACCACAAAGGCAACAUCUGGAGAGAGUAACUGGGCAGCCAGUUGUAAGAGGUAGUUCUCAUGAGAGGCCACUUGUUAAUCACGAUGAGCUUCAAGAAGAUUCUUCCCAACCAACUGAUCCACCAUGUCUUACCCAUGGAAGAUAUCAUGAUCAACUCCGUACUCCACUAGUCAACAUGGUUGGAGACCCUGGGCAGCCUGUUGUGAGACAUAGCUCUCGUGAAGCUCUUCAACGUAAUGGCGAUGACAGCGGACGAGAUGUGUUUCUAACUGAAGAACUAACAGGUGGAGAGUUUGAAAAUAAUAAGAAUGCUAUCUGGUCGUGGAUAAUGAAUGAUGAAGCCUCAUCAAGUAUUGGCAUUUACGGGAUGGGGGGUUUGGGCAAAACAACAUUGCUCACACAUAUCUACAAUCAUCUUCUACAAGAACCUGGCACUUUUCCUCAUGUUCACUGGAUCACGGUAUCGCAGGAUUUUAGUGUUUAUAAAUUGCAGAAUCUUAUUGCAAGAGACAUUCGUUUAGAUCUUUCAAAUGAAGACAACGAGAGGAAAAGGGCUGCCAAAAUGUCAAAAGCAUUAAUUGAGAAACAACGGUGGCUUCUCAUUUUAGAUGAUUUGUGGAACUGUUUUGAUUUUGAUGUGGUGGGAAUUCCUAUCCAAGUGAAGGGAUGCAAACUAAUUCUUACAACUCGAUCAUUUGAAGUUUGUCAGCGAAUGGUCUGCCAGGAGACAAUCAAAGUGGAGCCUCUUUCAAUGGAAGAAGCUUGGGCUCUGUUCACAAAGAUACUUGGACGUAUUCCUUCAGAAGUGGAAGAAAUUGCAAAAUCUAUGGCAAGAGAAUGUGCUGGUUUGCCUCUAGGAAUUAAAACAAUGGCCGGAACCAUGAGGGGAGUGGAUGAUAUAUGUGAGUGGAGGAAUGCUUUAGAGGAACUGAAACAAUCAAGAGUUCGGCAGGAGGGCAUGGAUGAGGAGGUAUUCCAAAUAUUAAGAUUUAGUUAUAUGCACUUAAAGGAGUCAGCACUGCAACAAUGUUUCUUGUACUGUGCAUUAUUCCCGGAAGACUUCAUGAUCCCUAGAGAGCAUUUGAUAGCUUAUUUGAUUGACGAGGGAGUGAUAAAAGGGCUGAAGAGUAGGGAGGCAGAAUUUAACAAAGGCCACUCGAUGCUGAAUAAACUUGAAAGAGUCUGCCUAUUGGAAAGUGCUGAGAAAUGGGGUGAUGAUGAAAGAUAUGUCAAGAUGCAUGACUUGAUUAGGGACAUGGCCAUCCAAAUACAGCAAGAGAACUCUCAAUGCAUGGUUAAAGCAGGUGAACAGUUAAGAGAAUUGCCAGGUGCAGAGGAGUGGACAGAGAAUCUUAUGAGAGUUUCACUGAUGCAUAACCAAAUUGAAAAAAUUCCUUCCGGCCAUUCACCAAGGUGUCCCAGUCUUUCAACUCUAUUGUUGUGCGGAAAUCAACUGGUGCUUAUUGCAGAUUCAUUUUUUGAGCAAUUGCAUGAGCUCAAGGUUCUUGAUCUGUCUUAUACAGGUAUCACAAAACCGCCCGAUUCUGUCUCUGAAUUGGUGAAUCUCACUGCAUUACUGCUCAUUGGUUGUAAAAUGUUAAGGCAUGUACCGUCAUUAGAAAAGCUCAGGGCACUGAAGAGGUUAGAUCUCUCUGGUUCUUUGGCACUUGAAAAGAUGCCUCAAGGCAUGGAAUGUCUAUGCAACCUGAGUUAUCUUAUAAUGGAUGGAUGUGGUGAAAAGGAGUUUCCUAGUGGGUUGUUACCUAAACUCUCUCACCUGCAAGUCUUUGUGUUACUGGAGGAUUCGGUUGUUGACAAUCGUUUUAUAUUUCCAUUAUAUUCUCCAAUAACAGUUAAAGGAAAGGAUGUGGGAUGCUUGAGGAAGUUGGAAACUUUGGAAUGCCAUUUUGAAGGUUGCUCUGACUUUGUGGAGUAUCUCAAUUCUCAAGAUAAGACCCGAUUGCUAAAAAAAUACAGAAUUGCUGUAGGACUGCUACAUCACAAUCAUUAUGAACAUGACAAAAAUAAAGUAAUUGUUUUGAGUAAAUUGAGUAUCAACAGAGACGGAGAUUUUCGGGACAUGUUCCCAGAGGACAUUCAACAACUGACCAUUGAUGAAUGUGAUGAUGCAAAAAGCUUAUGCAAUGUUUCCUCUCUAAUAAAGUAUGCAACUGAUCUGGAGUAUAUCUAUAUUAGUAGUUGCAAUAGCAUGGAGAGCUUGGUUUCAUCUUCUUGGUUUAAUUGUUCUGGCUGUAAGAGCAUGAAGAAGUUGUUCCCUCUUGUCUUGCUGCCAAGCCUUGCAAACCUGGAAGAGAUUACAGUUGAAGAAUGUGAGAAAAUGGAGAUAAUAGUUGGAACAAGAUCAGAUGAAGAAGGGGUUAUGGGUGAAGAAAGCAGGAACAAUGAAUUCAAACUCCCCAAGUUAAGACUUCUGCACUUGGUUGGAUUACCAGAACUGAAAAGUAUUUGCAAUGCAAAACUGAUUUGCGAUUCUCUCGAGGUAAUUUGGAUUAUAGAAUGCGUGUUUGUUGCCUCGUUUGGCCCCCAAAUCCGACAAAGCAUGCACCGACAUGUCCAAAAAGGUUUGGAACAGCUCCGUUUUUUGGCCCAAAUCGUGCACCUCGGGCAGUCUGCAAAUUUGGCAGUUCGAGGUCUCUCCUCCAUUCGGCCCCAGCAGCGGCUGAACAGCAGCAGUAACGUCCCUCUCCAUCCCAGCUGUUCCCUUCCAUCGGCCUCCUUCCCCGGCCAAAUCACAGCAGCCCCAUUUCCCUUCAAGCCGCCAGCCACACCUGGAGAACCCUAUAACAGCAGCCGAGUUCCUCCACCGCAGAGCCGUCCCCAUCAUCUCCUCAGCAGCGACAGCCUCCACACAGACAGCAAAGGAAUCGGCUCCUUCUUCUUCCAGCCGGGACCAGUGCACGCCAGUGAAGCCACCAGCCUCCGCCACAGCACCGCCUCCGGCAGCAGCAGUACCACCAGCGCCACCGCCUCCUCCGCGCCAGAACAUUCGUUCUGCAUGCAGGAGGAUGGGGGGAAAAUAAUUCCCCCCGUUGGUUUCUUGUGCUGGGCCAGACCUGUUCUGGCCCAGCUAGUCUUGUUUGAUGGGCCAGGCUGA